AAAUUUAAUUACAAACUAACCACCUAUAUCUCCUUUUUUUUUUCCAUUAUUACUCAAAAUCUACCAUUCUCACUUUUCCACCUCCAUCUUUUUAAUUUUCCCACACUUUCCCAUUAUCCAAACACUCCUAUUCUUCUUUCAUAUUCUCAUAUAUAAACUCAAGCCCUAAGAGUUUUAGUGAGAAAAAGAAAACGAAGAGAUCAAUUAAUUAAAAGAAAAAAGAUUCAAUGAGUGGUUGUGGGAAGCUAGAAGUGAUUCUUAGGGUUUUGGGAUUUUUGUUGAGUUUGGUGGCAGCCAUUGUCAUGGGAGUUGACAAAGAAACAAAGGUUGUUCCUAUUACUAUCUCCUCCAAUCUUCCUCCUUUUCCGAUUGUCGUGGUUGCUAAGUGGCAUUAUGUAUCUGCUUUUGUGUACUUAUUAGCAACAAAUGUAAUAGCAAGUUCGUAUGGAUUGUUAUCGUUGAUGCUUACAUUAAGCAACAAGAAUAGAAGCAAUAAUGUGUUAACUUUACUGAUCAUCGUUCUCGACACCGUGACGGUGGCACUGCUCUCCUCCGGCACGGGAGCCGCCUUGGCCAUUGGAGUUAUGGGGUAUGAGGGAAACUCGCACGUGGGGUGGAACAAAGUGUGUGAUACAUUUGGUAGAUUUUGCAAGCAAGUGGCCGCUUCGGCCCUUCUCUCCCUUGCCGGAGCCAUCGUUUUUCUGUUGCUCCUUAUAUUGGCUCUUGUGGGCCUACUCAAGAGGCUCAAAUAAAUGGGCUUUCGGCCCACUUUCUACAACAAAACGAGAGAAAAAAGAAGAAGAGGGUUAUUGUAUCCGUGUGCGUAUAUAUUGUUUAAAAUAAAGAUUUGAAUUUAGGAUAAUACAAAUUUCUA